AUGCGAGCGCUGGCCGUCCUGGGGGCCACCCUGGUGGUGGCCUGCAGCCAGGUGUUCUUCCCCUUCAUGAGGGGCAAGGGCCGCCUUUGGGGCCAGUCCCACGACCCUCAGGGGCCCAGUGCGUCAGAGGAGAGCCAGCUCCUGAUGGACACCGCGACCCACAGCCCCGCGGACAGACAACUCAAGAAAAGAGAGAUCAUUUCUCCUUCUCAACGUCUGGCUUCUCCCAAACCCCCUGAGCCAACCAGCGGAGCUAGUUCCCGAGUGGCAGAGAUCACAGAGACUCCAGUCCAGGCAACAAAAAGAGGGGUGUCCCUGAGACAGUCCCAGCCACUAACAGACGCCCCGUCGGAAGAGCUGCUGAGCACCAGCACGAGGGUGUCCGGGUGCCUGGCCCCUGCGUCGCCCCCGCAGUGCCCAAACACCUGCCUGGCAGACAGGUACAGGCUCAUCACGGGGGCCUGCAGCAACAGAGACCAUCCCAGGUGGGGCGCCUCCGACAUGCCGCUGGCCAGGUGGCUGCCGCCCGCCUAUGAAGACGGCAUCAGUGAGCCCCGAGGCUGGAACCCCCACUUCUUGUACAACGGGGUUCUCCUGCCCCCGGUCCGGGAGGUGACACAGCAAGUCAUUCACGUUCCCAACGAGGCGGUGACCGAGGACGAGCAGUACUCGGACCUGCUGAUGGCCUGGGGGCAGUACAUCAGCCACGACAUCGCGUUCACGCCACAGAGCACCGGCCAGGCCACGCCGGGGGACGGAGCCGACGGCCCGCUGACCUGCGAGAACCGGGGCGCGAGUUUUCCCAUCCAGCUCCCUGAGAACGCCUCCCAGACCAAGGGCACCCCCUGCCUGCCCUUCUUCCGGUCGUCUGCCGCCUGCGGCCCCGGGGCCCAAGGCGCCUGGUUUGGCAACCUGUCCACGGUGAGCCCGCGGCAGCAGAUGAACGGGCUGACCUCGUUCCUGGACGCGUCCACGGUGUACGGCAGCUCCCCGGCCCUGGAGGAGCAGCUGCGGAACUGGACCAGCGCGGAGGGGCUGCUCCGCGUCAACGCGCACCACCAGGAUGCCGGCCGAGCCUACCUGCCCUUCACCCGGCCACCCACGCCCCCGGCCUGCGCCCCCGAGCCCGGCGCCCGGGGCCCCGCCCCCUGCUUCCUGGCUGGGGACAGCCGCGCCAGCGAGGUGCCCGCCCUGACGGCCCUGCACACGCUGUGGCUGCGUGAGCACAACCGCCUGGCCGCCGCGCUCAAGGCCCUCAACCCACACUGGAGCGCGGACACCACCUACCAGGAGGCGCGCAAGGUGGUGGGCGCCCUGCACCAGAUCAUCACCUUGCGGGAUUACGUCCCCAAAAUCCUGGGCCCCGAGGCCCUCAGGCAGCACGUGGGCCCCUACCAGGGCUAUGACCCCACCGUGGACCCCACGGCGUCCAACGUGUUCUCCACGGCCGCCUUCCGCUUCGGCCACACCACGAUCCACCCCCUGGUGCGGCGGCUGGACGCUGGCUUCCGGGAUCACCUGCCGCCCCUGCUGCUGCGCGACGCCUUCUUCCGCCCCUGGCGGGUCCUCAAGGAAGGUGGUUUGGACCCCCUGGUGCGGGGCCUCCUGGCCAGACCAGCCAAGCUGCAGGCGCCGGGGCAGCUGAUGAGCGAGGAGCUGACGGAGAAGCUCGUGGUGCUGUCCCCCGCGGGAGCCUUCGACCUGGCAUCCCUGAACCUGCAGCGGGGCCGGGACCACGGCCUGCCAGGUUACAACGCCUGGAGGGAGUUCUGCGGCUUACCCAGGCUGCGCACCCGGGCCGACCUGAGCAGGGUCAUCGCCAAUGGAAGUGUCGCCGACCGAAUAAUGGACCUGUACAAGCACCCAGAUAACGUCGACGUCUGGCUGGGCGGCUCAGUGGAAGACUUCCUGCCGCACGCUCGAACGGGCCCCCUGUUUGCCUGCAUCAUCGGGAGACAGAUGAAGGCCCUGCGGGACGGGGACCGGUUCUGGUGGGAGCACAGCGGGGUGUUCACGGAGGUGCAGAGGCGGGAGCUGGAGCGGCACUCCCUGUCUCGGGUCAUCUGCGACAACACCGGCCUCCCUCGUGUGCCUGCCGACACCUUUCAGGUGGCCAGGUUCCCCCAGGACUUCGAGCCCUGUGAGGUCAUCCCCGGCCUGAGCCUGGAAGCAUGGAGGGAGGCGGCUCCCCCAGGUGGCGCGUGCGGCUUCCCGGGGAGCGUGGAGAACGGGGACGUCCUGCUCUGCGGUGACUCGGGCCGCGUGGUGUAUUCCUGCCGCCACGGGUUCCGGCUCCAGGGGCCUGCGCAGCUCACCUGCUCCCCCCAGGGCUGGGACUUCCCGCCGCCUGUUUGUGAAGAUGUGGACGAGUGUGAAGGGGUCGAGGAGCCUCCCUGCCACGUGUCGGCCCGGUGCCGGAACACCGAGGGCGGCUUCCUGUGUGAGUGCAGCGACCCUUACGUGGCCGGAGAGGACAGGAGGACCUGCGUAGACUCGGGGAGGCUCCCUAAGGCGUCUCUGGUGUCCAUCGUGCUGGGCGCACUGCUGAUCUGCAGCCUGGCGGCUUUCACCUGGACGGUGAUUUGCAGGUGGUGA